AUGUCACAGGCAUCUCAACAGUCGCAGGGAGAGGACGCCUACGCCGGCCGCGUCCUCCCGCAGCCCGUUACCGUCCUCGAGGGCCACUGCUGCACAAAGAAGGACGUCGAGAAGCUUGUCGAGGCGGGGUAUGCGACCCUCGAGGCGGUGGCGUACACGCCCAAGAAGCUCCUCUGCCAGGUCAAGGGUAUCUCGGAGGCAAAGGCGGAUAAGAUCAUUGCUCAUGUGAGCAAGAUGAUCCCGAUGGGCUUCACCACCGCGACCGAGUUCCAUGCUCGCCGCGCCGACCUCGUCAUGAUCACCACGGGCUCAACAGCUCUCGACAACAUUCUCGGGGGCGGCAUCGAGACGGGCGCGAUUACCGAGCUGUACGGCGAGUUCAGGACGGGAAAGAGUCAGAUCUGCCACCAGCUCGCCGUCACUUGCCAGCUCCCGGUCGACAUGAAGGGCGGCGAGGGCAAGUGCCUCUACAUCGACACCGAAGGAACCUUCCGUCCCGAACGCUUGCUCGCCAUCUCCGAGCGCUAUGGCAUGAACGGCGAAGACGUCCUCGACAACGUCGCGUACGCGAGGGCGUACAACGCGGAUCACCAGUCGCAGCUGCUCGUCCUCGCUGGCGCCAUGAUGUCCGAGUCGAGGUUCUCGCUCAUCAUCGUUGACUCGGUCACCUCUCUCUACCGCACCGACUACUCUGGCCGUGGCGAGCUCUCCGCGCGCCAAAUGCACCUCGCCAAGUUCCUCCGCUCGCUCAUGCGCCUCGCAGACGAGUUUGGUGUCGCCGUCGUCGUCACGAAUCAGGUUGUCGCGAGCGUCGACAACGCGCCUGGUGCGCCUGCGGAUGCGAGGAAGCCGAUUGGAGGAAACAUCAUGGCGCACGCCAGUACGACUCGCAUCUCGAUGCGCAAGGGUCGCGGCGCAGAACGUAUCGCCCGCAUCGUCGACUCGCCCUGCAUGCCCGAAGCCGACGCCAAGUUUCAGAUCACGGCGCAAGGCAUCACGGAUGUCAACAACGGCGAUGGAGACGGUGACGACGACUGA